AUGAUUCCUCCCACAGCCCUCCUAAAUACCCAACAUCGACAAGGAGACCCUAAAAAAAUGUCAGAAAAGAAGGUCCCCAACGCUUGUAAACUAGCCAUGUCUCGAGCUCUUGGAGCCGCCUUCCUAAACCACCAGGUUGAACAACUCGAGAAGACCGUUUCAAAUAACGGACCUGCCUCGGGGAACUGGAGAGACAGGCGUCAAGCCCACGAACGUACCUACUCACCUGGAUCGCCGGGUGCUACUGCUACGAAGCGCGGUCCGAAUCCGGUGGCACAGAGGAAGAAGGGUGGAGAGACGCCGGUCGAUCGGACUACGAACAUCAGCCCGACUGCGAGAAAAAGGUCAGGGGAGGAGGAAAGAAAGGAUGCGGACGUCGUGGUCGUUGAUGCUAGUGUUCUUGUCAACGCUCUGUAUCAGGUGAAGAAGUGGUGCAGGGAUGGCAGGGAAGAGAUCGUCAUUGUUCCUCUUGAGGCUCUCAACACCCUCGAUCUGCUGAAGAAGGGGACCACCGCCCUUGCCCAACGAGCUCGUGCAGCCUCACGCAUUCUCGAAGCUCAAGUCGGAACCAACCCCCGUAUCCGAGUCCAACGGGACGAUGCCUUCGUUCUAUGGGAUAAAAUUGGAUUUCAGGAUACGACAAGCAGCAGCGGCUCUCCUGAAUGGGUACGAAGGACCAUUUGCUGUGCCCGCUGGGAGCUCGACCACGCUGACGAGGAGUUGAAGAACGACCCUACCCGUAAAUCUAUCCCCCACCCCAAGGUUGUCCUUGCCGUCUUGGCUUCAUCCCUCAACCUCUCGCCACAGACCGUCCCGCUCAAGCUCGCGGACGGUUCCGAAUCCCCACUCACCCCUGUUCCUCUACCAGCUCCCGUUCUCCCUGCCUCUCACAAGCACGAACCUCGCUCGGCGGGAGUCCUCGUCUCCCAAUGGGCUGCAAAGGCCGGUAUUACCGUGCUUCCAAUUGAGCCUACCCUCCCUGGCCGCGGCGCUGAGGACGACGAUCGACCCAAGCGCCCACAUGGAAGAGGACGUAGACCAUCGGCUACAGAUUACAACGGCCCAAGUGGCCAGAAGGUCGGACUCGUCGAACGCCCACCCGCCGUGAUGGCCAUGAUGGAGAUGGUGGCGCAGCCAAGCAAGGUCGUCCGCGUCCUCGCUCGUGGGGAGAAAUUGGACCCUGAUCCGUGA